AAAAAAAAGUCUAGUCAGCAUCAUAAAUCUACAUGCCUACGAUAAUAGAACGAUUUUUUUUUAUUUCCGCAUGUAUGAGUCAUAACAUCUUCGAGAAAUCGAUAUUUGAAGCAUGUGUGAUAAUUGUAUAAGAAGCAUUGUGAAAUACAUAAAACAGUGAAGAUCCUAAUUCAAACACGACGUACAAACAUACAAAUAAGCAUUUUAACAAAGUUUUUACGUUGAGGGGAAUUAGUCACAUAGAGAUAAGAAACUCUUAUCAAAGACAGUAAGCCAGCUCACACCGCUUGACCGCGUUGAGAGUGCUUCCUUUUUGACAUCCGAUUGUCGUAAGAAUGCAAGGUGAGCAAAACUAUCUCCUCACAAACGAUCCUAACAACCAAUAUUACGGUGGUGUUCCGACACAACCAGGAUACAAUCAAGGUGGUUAUCCUUCUCAGCCCUACCCUCCACAACAAGGUUAUCCGAGCUAUCCAUCUCAACCAAGCUAUCCACCUCAACCUGGAUAUCCACCACAGGCCGGUUACCCGCCUCAGCCAGGAUUUGCACCGCAACCAGGGUUUCAACCCUCAUAUCCUCCUCAAGGCCAAGGAUUCAUAGGACAGCCAGCGAUGCCGCCCGGUGGAAGUUAUUAUGAUCCAGAGGAUCAAAGCGCCAAGGGCUUUGACUUUACGGAUCAGUCCAUCAGAAAAGGAUUCAUUCGGAAGGUGUACUCAAUUCUUACGGUCCAACUUGGUAUUACUCUGGGCUUCAUCGCUUUAUUCAUGUACCACAAAGGAACCAAAUUGUGGGUUCAGAGACACCCGGAAAUGUUCUGGAUUGCUUUGGGAGUUAUGAUCGUUACUCUCAUAUCGAUGGCAUGCUGCGGUAAUGUUCGACGUAAAGCUCCGAUGAACUUCAUCUUUCUGGCAUUGUAUACUUUCGCCCAGUCGUUCCUGCUCGGUGUGACCACGGCAAAUUUCAGCUCAGAAGAGGUACUUCUGGCAGUAGGCAUAACGGCAGCAGUUUGUCUCGGCCUGACGCUUUUCGCGUUCCAAACGAAAUGGGAUUUCACCGUGAUGGGUGGAGUUUUGUUCGUUGCCGUUAUUAUACUGAUGCUGUUCGGAAUCAUCGCCAUUUUCUUCCCAGGAAAGACCAUCACAAUCGUCUAUGCAAGUGCCGGUGCUCUUUUGUUCAGUAUCUAUUUGAUUUACGACACACAACUUAUGAUGGGAGGUGAGCACAAGUACAGCAUAAGUCCUGAAGAGUACAUUUUUGCUGCAUUGAAUCUGUAUCUGGAUAUUAUAAACAUCUUUAUGUAUAUUCUUACAAUCAUUGGCGCGUCGCGCGACUAAACGCAUUGGUGCCAUUUGGAAGCGUAACCAAACAGUAAUACUAAUGAGCUCGCGAAAAACAAACAAGCAUUGCAUAUAAUGUCACAACUUGGAACGUCCUAUCAAUCAGAAUUUCGUAUGUUUUAUCUAUUCACUAUGGCUAUUUAUAUAUGUUAUUACCUACCUACCAUAGCUUCACGCCAGCAAAUGUUACCUGUUGAUAAAUACAUAUAUGUCGAUGUAAGAAAUGAUGUUCCAGUGUAUAAUGGAAGAAACAAAGCUAUUUUACUUUAUUAUUAAAACAUCGAAAGUGUAAUGGGAUUGACCUUAUGGAUAACCAUUAAUUACAAAAAUUUAAAUAUUUAGUUCCAAUUACGGAUCUCAUAAAUGUAA